AUGAAGGGGCUCUUCAGCAGCCUGCCUCUGCGUAUCCAAGAGCUGCGCCGACUUGUGCCACCCGUGCAGCCAGCGGGGACAGUGCGGCGGGAAGGCUGGCAGAGCCGCUGCCCCGACCUGAGUGACGUUCACCCUGAAGUUGGCCAGAAAAGCCAGACGAGCGACAAUCUGCUUUCGAGGGGGAGCAUGUCCGACGAUGGAGAGGUGCCCGGGGGGAACCCCAUGGUGGCAGGUUUCCAAGAUGACCUGGAUCUGGAUGACAAAAUCCCCAGCAGACCCAUGCUGGGAGCAGAACGGGUGCCCAGCAAGAACGUUACCCUCUCCAGUGAGGAGGAGGAAGAGGUGAAGGACUCCAAGGUCAUACUCAUACCUGAUGAAGGCAUCGACACAGAGCAGGGAAAAAAAAGGUCUUCCAGAAAUUCUCUGAAACCACAGAGUGAAGCAAUUUUGACCAAAGCAACUGACCCGAAGCCUCCUGACAGUUUACCUCCACGUUCUGGGUCCGAAAGAAACAGCAGCAGCAAGCUCAACGCUAGCCUGCCAGCUGCUGCUCCUGCUGCUGCUGCUGCCACCCCAGCAGCAGUCCAGGCCCCAAAGACCACUUCCCAAAGCAAAGGACAUGCUCUGAAGCAGAAAGUGGUCAAAGAGGAAAAGCCUGAGGACUCUGACAGUGAUCAAGAGGGACCAAUAGCUACUCAGAUGCUCUCAUUUGUUAUGGAUGACCCAGACUUCGAAAGCGAGGAUUCUGACAGCCAGAAGAGGAAAAUGGAUGAAUUCCCGGUCCGGGAAGAUCUCUCUGAAAUAUCGGAUGAUGAUACCUCGUUGGCAAAGCCACCCCAGCCUGUGAAAUCAACAGUCCACUCCUUUAAACUGAAAAAUGACUCAGAUCUCUUUGGCUUGGGUUUGGAAGAAACCGGUCCCAAGGAGAGCAGUGAGGAAGAUAAAG